UCCGAUAUACUAGUCUUGGUCUUUUUCGCUAUAUAUACUAGUAAGAUGAGACAACCCUAGUAGUAACGUACAGAAAUGGGUGCUCUGGAUCACAUCUCUGAGCUCUUUGACUGCUCCCAUACCAGCUCCAAGCUCAAGAAGAAGCGCAAACAAUUCCAGACGGUGGAGGUGAAAGUGAAGAUGGACUGCGAAGGGUGUGAGAGAAAGGUGAAGAAAUCGGUGGAGGGAAUGAAAGGGGUGACAGAGGUGGAGGUGGAUAGAAAGGCCAGCAAGGUAACUGUUUCCGGCUAUGUGGAACCCUCAAAGGUGGUUUCUCGCAUCGCUCACCGGACUGGUAAGAGAGCGGAGCUAUGGCCAUACUUGCCGUACGACGUCGUUGCGCACCCUUACGCGCCAGGUGUCUACGACAGGAAAGCGCCAUCUGGCUACGUGCGAAACGCUGAUGUAGACCCUCGGCUCACCAACCUCGCACGUGCCAGCUCCACUGAGGUCAAGUACACCACCGCUUUCAGCGACGACAACCCCGCCGCAUGUGUCGUUAUGUGAUUAUUCAUUUUCUCUCUUGUAUCAUAGUAGCAAAGAAAAACAUCAAAUGUUCACGUGGGGAACGCUUUUGGCACAAUGGACAUGUAUCCUUUAAAGUGAUGUUCGGAAAUUUGAUAUCUUAAGAUGGUAAUUAAUUAAUGAUUCUGAUUUUAUAAAUCUAUAACAAAUUAAUCCGCC